AUGUACCUCUCCAAGAUCAUCUCCGCCACUUUGGGUGCCUUCAGCCUCUUCGGCUCGGCUGCCGCCUACACCAACCCCAUCCGCAACCCCGGCGGCGGCGACCCUCAGAUCUCUUGGUUCGACGGUUACUACUACUUCAUCUCGACCGAGUGGACCAACCUCCAGCUCGCGCGCGCCACCACCAUUGAGGGACUGAAGACAGCCACCCCCAAGGUCAUCUACUCCGACUCGAACCCUUCGCGAUGCUGCAGCGUCUGGGCCCCCGAGAUCCACUACUUUGAUGGACGGUGGUACCUCUACUACACCGCCGGAACCGCCGAGAAUUUGGAUGGUCAGAGAAUGCAUGCUCUGCGAGGCGGCGCUUCUCCCUGGGACGACUGGUCCUACGCCGGCCAGGUCACCGACGACUGGUCCCUCGACGGCACCGUCGUCCGCUUUAACAACUGGGGCAACUACUUCGUCUACUCCUGCAUGACCGGCGUGCCGAACCAGUCCACCUGCGUGCGCAAACUCGGCGACGACUACGUCUCGGCCGGCUCCAACAUCACCAUCAUCUCGCAGCCGGACCAGCCGUGGGAGCGGAGCGAGGUGCCCGUGCAGGAGGGCUUCUACGGCCUCUACUUCGGCGGCAAGACCUACAUCGCCUACUCGGCCAACUACUGCUGGACCCCGGACUACUGCGUCGCCCUGCUCGAGUGGGACGGCGUCACGGACCCGGCCUCGCCCUCGGCCUGGACCAAGAGCGACGGCUGCAAGCUGACCGCCGCCAACGGCAACUUCGGCACCGGCCACAACAGCUUCUUCCGCAGCCCCGACGAGACGGAGACGUACAUCACGUUCCACGCCACCGCCAACGCCAACGGUGCCUGCGACGACAACCGUUACGUCAUGGUCCAGCCCAUCACUGCGAACGCGGACGGCACGCCUAACUUUGGCAUCCCGCAGGCGUCCACCUACGAGUGGCCCGAGCCUAGUGCGUGA